CGGUAGUGAAGGCAUCAAGGCAUCUUAAACUUCUGCACGCGGUUUAGAUGACUCGUAUCCUUCUCCAUAUCCUUCUUUCUGCAGUGGCUUUCACGACACGUAUGCUAUCGUUAACAACUGCUCAGGAGCAUUUUAGUAGAAGGAAUAAUGCUACCAACACGAUCGCCGGUAUCCAAGCAGAGAACUUUGGCGUGGGAUGUGGUGGAGACAUGGAGUAUCCUUCCACCGACGAGUUCACUAAACAGCCACGGUUCGCGUAUUUGAUCACAAAUCCACUCGCGGAUUUCGUCGCUGUCCACUUCAAGCACUUCAACUUGCCCGAGAACGACUACGUUCAAAUCCGUGCUGCAGAUCCCGCGUCUACCGAAAAACAGAUUUUGCGCUUUCAGGGUAACGAGUCGAGCGGCGAUUUCUACGCCCCAGCGCUUUCGACGGUUGCUGUUAUUGUGGAAUUGUUUACAGAAAUUGCCGAUUUCCCUCAAGCCGUCGAUGCAUCAGAAUGUCUUGGAUUUUCAGUGGACAGAUACCAAUAUCUGGCCCGAGGUUCGUCUCUAAAUGGAGCCAAGGAGGAGGUAUGCGGCUUCGACAAUAGUCGAGAGGCAUCUUGCUACAAGUCGUUUACCGAAGUCUUCCAAGCGUCCAAAGCUGUGGCUCGCCUUUUAACCAAGAAACCCGAAGGUGCUUUCUACUGCACUGGUUGGCUGCUUGGCAGUGAAGGGCAUUUGAUGACCAACCACCACUGUAUCUCUUCACAAAUCCACGCAGACAACACUGAGUUCGAGUUUGAUGCAGAAGGAUCAGUGUGUAGCAUUAGCUGUGCGAACGCCCGUGCAUGCAGCGGAUCGAUUCGUGCCAAAUCGGCAACACUAAUUUACGCAGAUGACGCACUGGACUACGCUCUGUUGAAGCUUCCUGUAGAUUUAUCAGUCGAGUAUGGCUACCUUCGCCUGCGUACUAGUGGUGCCGAACUGUCAGAACGAGUCUAUAUGCCUGAACAUCCAGCUGGGUGGGGGAAGCGGAUUGCGAUGAAAACCGACAGUGGCUGGGGGACUGUGAAGUCGUUGACCAUGGGAGGCUGUGCGACGGAUCAAGUAGCAUACUACCUCGACACACAAGGCGGGUCAUCGGGAUCACCUGUUCUCUCGUGGUCAGAUAACACAGUGAUUGCUCUACAUCACUGCGGUGGGUGCCCAAAUACGGCAAUCAACAGCUACAAGCUCGUAAAUGACAUGAAAUGGCGCAACAUUCUUCCAGCAAACGCUACCGUAUAA